UCUUUGCAUUUAUAAAAAGCAAUUUAAAUUUAAUAUAUCCAGCUACAGACACUGAACUCUGAAACCAGAAUCACUCCGUAGUUUCAAUGUGACACAACAAGACAACACAAUCUAAUACACAACAAAACUCACGUGAAAACAAUCCAAACCGACAACUUCCAUUUCUCGUAAAAUCUUUGUCACCUUAAACUCAAUCUUUCUUCUUCUUCUUCUUCAAUUUCUCAUAACAACAAGAAUGGGUUCUGUUUCGUUAAAAAUCGGCGAUGGAACAGCGAGAUUCAAAACCUCAACAAUGUGUUCCUCAGCUCUUAACAUUCUCAUGAUCCUGUCUGUCAUCACCACCAAUCUUUUCGCUCUUUACGCUUUCACUUCUUCACCAAACCUCAUCCAAACCGAAGAACAACUUCACCGACAACCACACAGAAGCUUCUCCCUCAUCUCAGAGCAAGUUUCGUUAAUUCUCAGAGAAAUCGAUAAAUCUCAAAAGAAGCUUGCCCAGAUAGAAAAACAGCUUCUCGGCUACGAAAGUUUCGAUCUUUCAAAACCCAACAUUGCAAAAGAGCUCAAACUGUUUCUCACCUCUCAUAAACUUCCUCUGGGUCGAGAUUCGAAAACCGGACUCACUGAAAUGGUUUCAUCGGUUGGUCAUUCAUGCGAGAAAUCUUCUGAUUUGUUGUCUCGUUACAUGAAUUACAAUGUGUUUGGUAAUUGUCAAGACGAUUCGAGUUUAGCGCAGAAACUGAUUCUAAAAGGGUGUGAGCCUUUACCUAGAAGAAGGUGUUUCGCGAAAUCUGUUUCUUCUAAGGUAAAAUUUCUUCAUCCUUUUCCGGUUUCACUAUGGAAGCCUGUUAGUAACAAAACUGUGAAUUGGAAUGGUUAUAGUUGCAAGAGUUUCGACUGUUUAAAUGGUAGGAAAUUGAAUAGAGAUUGCUUUCAUUGCUUUGAUUUGGUUAAUGGAUAUGAAAAUCAAAGAUUUGUUAAGUCUCGGAGUAAGAAUGAUUUUCUUGUUGACGAAGUUUUGCAAUUAGGAAAAGAUGGAAUUAGAAUAGGUUUUGAUAUCGGAAUUGGUUCUGGUUCGGGAUCUUUUGCGGCUGUUAUGGCUGAAAGGAAUGUUACUGUGAUUACUAGUACUCUUAAUGUUGAUGCUCCUUUCAACGAGUUUAUCGCGGCGAGAGGACUUUUCCCGCUUUACUUGAGUUUGGAUCAUAGGUUUCCGUUUUACGACAAUGUGUUUGAUUUGAUUCGUGCUUCGAGCAACAUUGCUGAAGAUGUUGGCGAGAAACAAGAGAAGUUUGAGUUUUUGAUGUUUGAUAUCGACCGAAUUUUGCGGGCGGGUGGUUUGUUUUGGCUUGAUAAUUUGUAUUGUGGUAAUGAAGAGAAGAAAGUUGGAUUGACUAGGUUGAUUGAGAGGUUUGGAUAUAGAAAAUUGAAAUGGGUUGUGGGAGAGAAGAUUGAGAGUGGUAAGUCUCAUGUUUUUUUAUCUGCUGUUCUUCAGAAGCCUGUUAGAGUGUAAAGAGGUGAGAAAAUGUUUGUGUGAAUGAAUUUGGUUUAAAGUUGUAGAUCUCAUAAGAAGAAUUUGAAUAAGUACUUGAAUGAUGCUUGUGUUUCAAGUAAUGUAAAAUGUUUAUUUUGUAGUGAUUGUUAACUUUAUUAGAAAGCUUAAAGUAUAUUAUAA